GCACCGCCCGGGAAGCUGCGCGAGGCUCGCCGGCGCCCCCACGUCCUCCUCCGCCCGGUGCAGCGAGUAUAGCCCGGCCAGGGCCAGGCGGCUCCGACGGCGUGGGCGAGCGGGUCGCCGAGCCAUGGCGCAUCAGACGGGCAUCCACGCCACAGAGGAGCUGAAGGAGUUCUUCGCCAAGGCACGGGCUGGCUCCGUCCGGCUCAUCAAAGUCGUCAUCGAGGAUGAGCAGCUCGUGCUGGGUGCCUCGCAGGCGCCCGUGGGCCGCUGGGACCAGGACUACGACAGGGUUGUGCUGCCGCUGCUGGACACCCAGCAGCCCUGCUACAUGCUCUUCCGCCUCGACUCGCAGAAUGCUCAGGGCUUCGAGUGGCUCUUCCUUGCCUGGUCGCCUGAUAAUUCUCCUGUGCGGCUGAAGAUGCUCUAUGCUGCCACGCGGGCCACAGUGAAGAAGGAGUUUGGGGGCGGCCACAUUAAGGACGAGCUCUUUGGCACAGUGAAGGAUGACCUCUCCUUUGCUGGGUACCAGAAGCACCUGUCGUCCUGUGCAGCCCCGGCCCCUCUGACUUCGGCUGAGAGAGAGCUCCAGCAGAUCCGUAUCAAUGAGGUGAAAACGGAGAUCAGCGUGGAAAGCAAGCACCAGACGCUGCAGGGCCUCGCCUUCCCCCUGCAGCCUGAGGCCCAGCGGGCACUUCAGCAGCUCAAGCAGAAGACCAUCAACUACAUCCAGCUGAAGCUGGACCUGGAGCGGGAGACCAUCGAGCUGGUGCAUACAGCGCCCACAGACGUGGCCCAGCUGCCCUCCCGGGUGCCCCGAGAUGCUGCCCGUUACCACUUCUUCCUCUACAAGCACACCCAUGAGGGUGACUCCCUUGAGUCUGUGGUGUUCAUCUACUCCAUGCCGGGCUACAAGUGCAGCAUCAAGGAACGCAUGCUCUACUCCAGCUGCAAGAGCCGCCUUCUAGACUCAGCAGAGCAGGACUUCCAGCUGCAGAUCUCCAAGAAGAUUGAGAUUGGCGAUGGGGCAGAGCUGACGGCUGAGUUCCUCUACGAUGAGGUCCACCCCAAGCAACAUGCCUUCAAGCAGGCCUUCGCCAAGCCCAAGGGCCCUGGGGGAAAGCGAGGCCACAAGCGCCUCAUCCGGGGCCCUGGAGAGAACGGAGAUGACAGCUAGGCCGCCACACAGAGCCAGGCUGGUGUGUGGACUGUGGUUGCCUGCCUCGGCUCUCUGUACCUCCCUCCUUCCCAGCCUGGGCUCCAGGGAGGUGCUGACUGCAGGGCAGGAGGGCUGGUGGCCAAACAUGUGCAGCUUCCAGGGGCCACUAGGCCAGCAUUUUGUGACCCUUCCCCGUUGCUGUCCCUGCUUCUCAUGUGUGUGCCCAGGGUGCCCAGGGCCUCACCUGGCUGGGUCAUGGUGCCUAGAUUGGGGUCUUGGCAUAAACCUGGCCUUCAGGGGACCUGAGACUGGGGUCCCAGCACAGCCCAAAAGCCCCUGCCACGGUGGGUGGGAUGUGCUGGGCUACAGCUGGGGUCGCUGCAGGACAGGAUGGUUGAAUGCUGUAUUUUCUAAAGAAUAAAAUAUUUUUAAAUCAG